ACUUGGAUUCACAAUGUUUGCAGGUCAAUCCUUGAACAAACUUUUACCUAUUUUACAAAAACUAGUUAAUGUAAAAUUUGUUCUUCAAGAGAAAAAAUGGGCUUGGACGACACUUCAUUUCCGGCACCUGGAACACUUCAUUAUUUCAAUAAAGGCGUUUCGCGCCUUUUAUCUUCCCGCGAGGGAGAAGGCGAAGAAGGAGGGCUCGAACUUAGGGCUCCAUUUUUUAUUUCUCCUGGAGAUCGAGGAGAGUAACGAUGGCUUUCCUGCGCUCAAAAUCCCCCUCUUUUCUCUGCUUCCAUGUGCUCCGAAUCCCAACGUCGAUCGUGAAGAUCAGGUCCGACCAGUGGCUGCUUCCCUGCAUUCAAAAUCUCUGUGAUCGUCCAUCUCUCGCUGGGCGGACAGUCUCUCUCUUCUCCCGUCCCCGGCUGCAGGCAAAGAGACUCAUCUCUUUAUCAUCAGCCUUGUCGUCCAAUGACUGUCCUCCAAGUCAUCAGGAAAUCCCACAAAAUUUUGUACAACGUACGGUUGGAGAGCAACAUAAAACUGUCUUCUUAGGGGGUCCUAGCUGCACCGUUUGGAAUGUUCAGUUGAAGAAAGCAGGUGGCAGAUUCUCUUUCGACAAUGGCCGGCGGGAAUUUGUAGAACAGAACUCUUUAAAUGGAAAUGUUGUUUUAGUUUUCAGAUAUGAUGGUGCUUCUCAUUUUUCAUUUCAAAAUUCGAUCAUAAUGGGUGUGAAAGAUAAGAUGCAUUCUACGUUAUGAGCCUGAAAAAUGUGAAUGGGAGCCCGGAGCAGCGAACGACUGGCACAAGGGGAAUCAGAAGAAGAUUUGGUUGAAAUCGCAUUUCGUGAGAUCAUCCUUGUCCUCGACUGGAAGGGAGAAUGUUCCAGAUGGCGCCGCCCAUGCACUAUCUGUCACCUAAAUUUCAUAUGAACUGUGAAUCUGAAGGGCUGCGGAAAGCACAUUUCAUGAGAUCCUUGUCCUCGACUGGAAGGGAGAAUGUUCUAGAACAUAGUUCAGGUAGAUUUCUU